AUGGAUAAUUCAAGACCAACAGAAACACAAUCAAAUUCUCAAUUAUCACCACUUCAAGCCCAUUAUCUAAAAAAAGAAUUAAUAUCUCGACAAAUAGCAAAAGAGGUUGAAAUAUUUUCUAAACAACUGCAAACGGAAGAGAUUGCAGCAACUAUUGAUAAUUUCAAUAAAGAAGUAACACAAUCACAAUCCACACAAAUUCCAUUUCUUCAAUUCAUAUUCUUCAAAUUCAUUCGCACUUUUCCAUUCCUCACUAAUACCGAAAAAGAUUUUUGGGAGAAAUGCUUCGAGUUCAUUAAAGAAUUUCAAAAAAAGAAUAUCAGCGGAUCAUCGACAAGAAAUGAGGCUACGAAACGACGACGCUUGGCGAAUAAAAUUAUCAUGCAUUUGACCCUGCUGUUGAAUGCCGCUUGUAAAACCACCGCAGGAAAAGAUCAAGCUAUUACCGUGGAUUCUUUUGAGGGCGAAGAAGAGGAAAUUAUAAUGCAAGAGGAAAUAAAUGAAAGUGAACAGCAACAAAAUGAUAUUGAACAUGCGGAAAAUAACUGUUUGAGAAACUAUUUAGCUAAUGGAUGGGAAUUUAAUAUUAUUGCAGUAAAAACUGUAACCUCGAAACGUCAUUUUAGGGAGCAUUCCCAUGCAGAAUAUGUAAUACUUACAAAACGUUCGACAGAUGAUGCGCCCAUUAUUGUAGCUCGGCGAUACAAACAAUUUCGUGCAUUAUACUCGAAGUUAAAAGGUGAAUUCCCCGAUAUGGAAAUUCCAUCGGUACCAACUAAAAUAAAAGAUCCAAAACUAGCAAAAACAUGUGAAAAUAAUCGACUCAAUUUACGCGCGUAUUUACGAUCAUUAUUAUCAAUACGCGUAAUAGCAAAAAGUAAGACAUUACGCGGAUUUCUCACAAGCAGUCCUAUUAAAUUGACCGACGAAGAAUUGAAAGAUAUAGAGGAGAGAAGAAAACUUGAUGAUAAAAAGGCGGAACAACAACGAAGAUUUAAUUUUGAGGCGGGGAAGCGUGCGAAAGAGUUAGAUCAGGAAGUUGAAAACUUUAAGAAGGAAUUAUUGGAGCAAGGUGGACUUUCAAAUCUGGCCACUACAAUCAAAAAAACAUCUUUAAUUACUGACUUACCGUGUUAUGCAUCGACAUUAUAUUAUCUAUUCAUUGGAUCAGAUAGCAGCAGUGAGAAUUUCGCUCAGUUAAAACGCAUACACGGUCAUAUGCCAUACAAAACACUCCGAGGAAUCCUUAAAAUAUCCAAUCCAUUAAUGUUAAUGAAAGCUAUGUUGAAUUUAUUCUUAGCACAACCUUUUGGAGGUAAAAGUUUGUUGCAGAGAAUGAUAUCGAUGAAUUUAAGCGAAGAAAUUAAAGAAAUUGAAAAAGAUGUCGCUACAUUGCAGAUAAAAUUCAAUAUUCAUCCAGAAAUUUGUCAAAAGAUUCAAAAUUACGUGUAUGCUCCUCAGGCAAUUCAAUCAGCCAUAAGGGAAGAAGCAGGAAAAGAAAAUAAAGAUAUAAUACUGUUAAUUCGCACAAUUUUAGGAUCUCAAUCAUUUGAACCGCAAAUCUCAUCAGAACGAAUUGACAAGUUUAUCGACGCGUUCCAGAGUCUUGACAAACAAGGAGAAUUCGGGCAUAGUAAACAAAAUAUUUUGAAAAAGUUAAUGUUGUUGUAUAUUAGAAAAAGAGAUAAGGAAAUGAUGAUUGAUUUACUUUUUCAGGGAGUUACCGGAAAUCUUUUACGUGAUAUCGUUAGCAUAUUUUAUGAGCCUUUGGCUCGAGUUUAUAAGUCUGCAAAUAUUGGUGAUUCAUUACCAGAUUUAUCUAAUUUUGUUGAUGACUUGAUCAAAGUCGUUGAACAAGCCGAGAAUAAAGAAACAACCAAUCAAACGGAUACAACAUCUUCAAUCCUCCAAGUAUUCAUUUCGUUAGUGCAUCGGCACAUGCAACCAUUCUAUACGUAUGUUCAUUCUAUAUACGCUUUAGACUCUAGCAACCUAUUCACAUCAUUAUUAGAUUGGAUGCAAGGAAUAAUUGACUUCUUACGCGCCGGUUUCAAAGAGAAUCUAGACCUCGAUCUUCUAAUAAGCACACAUCUAACAAAUGAAGAACAUGCACAACUUUUCAUUGAUUUAAAGAAUUUAAUGGAUUGGCACUCGUUAAGAAAACGGCGACAUUUAACACAUUUGAAAGGUUUUCUUUCUGGUGACGCAAAUUAUCUUGGUGAUGGAGUUGGAAAUGGCAAAGAUGACUUUGAAACGAGUUCUUCAAGUAGUGGAUUUUCAAGUAGUGGAUCUUCAAGUAGCGGAUCUACAAUUGAUGAUGAAUCGUCAUCGUCUCAUUCAUUGGAUCAUGGGUAUGGCAGGUAUAAGUUGCCUCCAAUGCCUGAGUUAAAAGUCUUGCCGAAAUUAUUGGAUCCAUUUGUUGAGAGUGUUAUAAGAAUUAUGUGA